AUGCCGAAUAGGUUUAGAAAGCAAGGAGGGACAAGAAUCUUAAAUAGGUUUGCAGUGAGUGAAGGGAGUUUGGAAAGGCAUGGGAAAGGAAGGGUUUAUGCUUUCUUCUAUUUCUUCCCCGCGCGUGGCGAGCUGUGUCACCGAUACUAUAUAAAGACACAAAUGAGCAGUGGUGGAAGAGCUGGGAAAUCCAAAGAGGAGGAGCAGGAUGGCAUGUCUGUACACUCUCCUUGCAAACCUCCUCCUUCCUCUGCUUCCUCUCUCCCCAAGGAACAAUCACAAGUUGAAUUGGAGCUGAGAUUGUUGGAAGCUCUUGAGAUUUACCCUCCAAUGAGACUACAAGGAGUACAUCGCCACUUUGUCCUUUAUGGUCUGAUGGAAUUUCUAAAAAGGAAGUUUGACAGACACUUUUCUUCUGAGGAGGUUCUUCAAUUGUUGGAUCGGUUCUACAACAUAGAGAUGCUGAAAACAGAUGAUGAUGAGAUUGAUUUGCUUACUCACGAAGAAGAAUUUUCCUUGCCUCAAAGUUACUUUGUCAAGGAGGAACCCUGA